CAUGUGGUGAAGUUGACAAAAAGAAAUGUCACACUCACACAAAGUCAUCAACUUCAUAUUUUUUUCAUUUAUAAUAGUUGUCGAUAUUUUAUUAAAAGCAGUUUAUAGCAUACCGCAUUUGAUAUUAAAUUUAUUAAUCAUUAUAAUAAAACCAAACACAAAUGUAAAUAUGAUAGAAACGUCAACGAAACGUAAACAAAUACCUAAAAAACAAACUAACCAAAGUGAGACUUUUUUAAAAAGAGGUAUUAUAGACGCAAACUGGCAGAAAUUACUCUCAAGUUCACUCAUGGAUAAGAGUGAUGAAACAGCCCCGAAAGAGGAAACGAAAAAUAACUACUUAGGCACAUUCAGAAGAGCGUGGAAGAAAAAAAAUAAAGAUAGCAUAGAUAACGUAAAAAAUUUACAAAUACUCCAUAUUAAUAAAGUAGCUAGUUCUGAAAAUUCCGACGGUAAAAGUGAGAUACCGGUAUUAAAGGACAAUAUUAAAAAAAAUAAAGUUACAAAAUUUUUAGCUAUGGAUUGCGAGAUGGUUGGAGUCGGUUACGAAGGAGGGGACCACAUGCUGGCUCGCGUUUCCAUCGUUAAUAAAUUCGGUGAUUGCAUUUACGACAAAUUCGUUAAAGCGCGGGAAGAGGUUGUCGAUUACAGAACCAAUAUCAGCGGAAUACGGAAAGAGGAUUUAUUGAAUGGAGACGACUUUGAAAUUGUUCAGAAGGAAGUUGCUGAGCUUAUUUGUGGAAAAAUUCUUGUAGGGCAUUCUUUGAAAAACGAUUUGGGAGUACUAUUCUUAUCUCACCCUAAGCGUAACAUACGGGACACUUCAAGAUAUAAACCAUUUAGAAAGAUCACCAAAGGCAGCACUCCAUCUCUGAAGCGCUUAGCUAAAGAAAUACUGGGUAUUGAUAUACAGCACGGCGAACACAGUUCGGUCGAGGACGCGAAGGCCGUGAUGCAGUUGUAUUGCACCGUCUCCAAGAACUGGGAACAGAUGCUAGGCGAAAAACGUGGCUACAGCAAGAAGUUCGUCGAAAGUGGAUAUUUAAUGUAAUUGUUAAGUUAAAGUUUUUUCAAUAAAUAACGCGUGCCAAUAAAGUAAUUAUUUUGCCAACGAUACACGUUUUGUUGUAUUUGAUUGUAAGGUCAGCAAAAUAUACAUAUAUAUUUUUU